AUGGCUGCGGCAAAAAUUCGCGACAAAUUCAGCCGGUUACAAUUCAAUAACUCUUGUCAAGUUCAUUGUAAAUUCAGGUACACCGAUGAGCGUGCCUUCUGGGCGGCGUACGUCCCGUGCGAUUCCCAAUACAAGGACGCGGUCCAGCUGACAUUAGAACAAAUCGACGUAAUCAGGAGGUUCACUGAAUUGUAUCAUCCAAGACUGACGCUCUGCACAUCAUCCGAAGAAAUUAAGGAGGCCCACAAAAAGCACCAAUUGUGUUCGCUGAUAGGAGUCGAGGGGGGACACUCCUUGGCUGGGAGCUUGGCCGUCUUGAGGACCCUCUAUCACGUAGGCGUCAGAUAUCUGACCCUCACAUCUACGUGCAACACACCCUGGGCCGAUUGUUCUCUGACUGAUAUGCCCGGACGGAAGCCCGAACACGGGGGACUCACCGAUUUCGGGAAGAGCAUCAUCAGGGAGAUGAACCGCUUAGGAAUGAUAGUGGACCUGUCGCACGUGUCGGUCGGAACGAUGCGCGACGUCCUCCAGGUCUCCAAGGCGCCGGUGAUCUUCAGCCACUCUUCUGCUCAUGCGCUCUGCAACUCGACGCGCAACGUGCCCGACGAGACGCUGCGCAAACUGGCCCUGAACAAAGGCGUCGUCAUGGUCAACUUCUACUCGCACUUUUUGACCUGCAACAACGUCUCCACCGUCGCCGACGCCGUCGGUGAGUAUAACGAUUACAAAUUGUUCUGUUGGCAGUCGACGGACAAUGAAAUUGCCCUUGCCCACAUAAAUCAUAUAAGAGAAGUGGCUGGUGUGGAUAAUGUGGGGCUGGGAGCAGGCUACGACGGGAUUAACUACGUUCCCCAAGGUCUGGAGGACGUGUCCUCCUACCCGACGCUCUUCGCCGAAUUAAUCGGCACGGGCAAGUGGAGCGUGGAGGAUCUGAAAAAAUUGGCGGGUCUGAAUUUCCUCAGGGUGUUCCGCGAGGUCGAGAGGAUUAGGGACGAGUACAGGAAGGCGAACGUGGCUCCUUACGAGGACGUACUGUCGCCGAAGCCCAAGGAGAACAACUGCAGCUCGCAGGAUCAUUGA